GAUAUGCGCAAUUUAGAGACAGUUUGGCAACGAAUUGUACCGAGAGGGCGCAAGAUAUAGACGGGGUUUUAUGAGGAGACGGGUCUCCCUUAAAGGGGGUAGAAAGGGAGAAAAUGAUGCGCAGGUUAGACAGGUAGGUUUUUUUUUCUCGACGAAGGCUACGGCGGAAACAAAAUACCAUGUUACAAUAUAAAUUUUCUUGAAAAAUAUUCCCGACCCAAUAUCCCGCUCGUGUAAGUCUUAGGUAUAACACCACACCACGAUGGUUCGUACGCGCCGCCCCGUCCACUUCAACCCGAGCGCCAGGACCUGGACGACGGCCACGCCCGCCUCUGCCGAGUCCGCGCGACGAUUCCACCAGGGCCUGCCGGGGUACGCGCCGACGCGGCUGGUGCCACUCGACGCGGUGGCGGCGGAGCUGGGCGUGGGGCGGGUGCUGUUGAAGGACGAGAGCGCGCGGUUCGGGCUUCCGUCGUUCAAGUUCCUAGGGGCGUCAUGGGGGGCGUUCCGGGCACUGGCGCGCGCGGUCAGCCUGCCGCCCGACGCGGACCUCGAGGCGGUGCGUCGCGCACUGGCUGCCGCGCCGCCCCGCGCCCUGUAUGCCGCGACCGAUGGCAACCACGGCCGCGCCGUCGCGCGCAUGGCGGCCCUCCUCGAGCUCCGCGCCCACAUAUUCGUCCCCGCGCACGCGCCCGCCGCCGUCGUAGACCCGAUUCGCGCCGAGGGCGCCGUCGUCACCGUGUCGCUGGGCGGCUACGAUCACGCCGUCGUGGACGCCGAGGAUGCUUCUCGCCGUGCUGACGGCGUCCUCGUCCAGGACUUCGCCUUCGGAACGUACCAGGAGAUCCCCCAGUGGAUUGUCGAGGGCUACCAUACCAUGCUGCGUGAAAUCGACGACGAGCUGGGGGAGAUCCGCGUCGACCUCGUGGUUGCACCCGUCGGGGUGGGGUCGUUCGCGCACGCCGUAGUCUCGCACUACAAGAGCAGGGACGCGCCGGCGGCCGUCCUCGCCGUGGAGCCGGAUACGGCAGCCUGUCUGUGGAAGAGCCUGAGACGGGGGGAGGUCCGGACGGAGGUGACGACUCCCACCAUCAUGGCCGGCCUGGACUGCGGAACGGUCUCAUCGAUUUCUUGGCCCGUCCUGCGGUCCGGCGUGGACGCCAGCCUCACCGUCUCCGACUAUGAGGCCCACGCAGCUGUUAUGUCACUGGAGCAGAUGGGCAUCUCGGCCGGCCCGUGCGGUGCUGCGCCGCUGGCGGCUCUCCGCCGGCUGGACGCUGCGGAUAAGGCCAGAUUGGGUCUCGAUCGUCGCUCAGUCGUGGUAAUACUCUGCACGGAGGGCUCCAGACAAUACGACACUCCCUUGGAUGUGUCGGCGGACGACGCUAUUUCUCUAACCCAAGCUCUAGUCCAGAUAGACUCGUCGAACCCGACGCUGGGAUCGGUACCGGGGCCUGGGGAGACUGACAUUGCCUUGUACAUCACGGCAUGGCUAGAACACCGUGAUAUAGAAACACAUUGGAUCGAGCCCGUAAAGGGGCGGCCUUCUAUAGUCGGGGUGGUACGUGGCUCGGGAGGCGGUAAAAGCCUUCUAUUGAAUGGCCACAUCGAUACGGUAACGCUUAUGGGCUAUGACGGGGACCCCUUAAGCGGGGAGAUCAAAGGAGGGAAGUUGUACGGUCGCGGGUCAGCAGACAUGAAAGGCGGCGUGGCCGCCGCAAUGGUCGCUCUCGCCAACACCAAGGAGUUAGCCCUCCGGGGAGACGUUCUCUUUGCCGGGGUCGCAGAUGAGGAAGCGGCAAGCAUCGGCACGGAACAGGUUCUUCAGGCGGGUUGGCGAGCCGACGCCGCCGUGGUGAGCGAGCCUACCGACCUCCACAUCAUCCGCGCGCACAAGGGCUUCGUGUGGCUCGAGGUAGAUAUUCACGGCCUCGCGGCGCAUGGCUCCCGUGCGGACCUCGGUGUCGACGCCAUCUCCAAAGCCGGUUACUUCCUAGUGGAGCUAGACAAGUACGCCCAACACUUGCUUCGAUCGACGGCAAGUGACGCCACCCUCGGAACGCCUACAGUCCAUGCUUCCAUAGUCAAGGGAGGCGAAGAGGCCUCCUCCUAUCCCGCUCGGUGCACGAUAGUACUAGAGCGCCGCACCGUACCCGGCGAGACGAGGGACUCCGUAGUGGCAGAAGUGCGAUCCCUGCUCGAAAAAGUUGCCAGCGAAGUCACAGACUUUCGCUUCGAGCUAAGGACCACACUAGACCGCUCCCCCUUUUCCAUUCCCCUCGAUCACCCCUUCGCAUCUCUUGUGAGGGAAGUGGUCGGUGGGGCUCUCGGGAGAGAACCCGUCGUUCAAGGUGCAGCUUACUGGACCGAUUGCGCCCUGCUCUCGGGCGCAGGAAUCCCAGCCCUGCUUUGGGGGCCUUUAGCGGAAGGGCUUCACGCCAAGGAGGAAUGGGUCGGCGUCGAUUCGGUAAACAAGGUGGCGGGAUCAUUGACGGAGAUUGCGGCUCGGUUUUGUAGGUAG